AAGAUGUGUGAUACCUGGGUUAGGAUGCCAAUGAACAAUUGCAUGACAUUGCAAUAUCAACCCUUAAAACUCCUAUAUAAUCUAUAAAGAACCCAAUUGAUGUACACUUAUAUACAAUCAAAGUUGAAUUAAGGAAGAAGGAAAAAAUAAUGAAGCAUUUUAAAAGCCUGACAAUGCUAGUUUUGGCGCUUAUGUUGUUGGAAAGAGUGAGAAGUUUGGAAGAGCAACAAGUGCCCAUCCCAACUUGUGCAAGCACUUUCUUCUCAGCACUCAUUCAGCUAAUACCAUGCAGAGCUGCAGUUGCUCCUUUCAGCCCUAUCCCUCCAAGCGAAGCCUGCUGCAACUCCCUUAAGGCUCUAGGACAGCCAUGCUUGUGUGUCCUAGUCAAUGGUCCUCCAAUCUCUGGCGUUGAUCGGAACAUGGCUUUACAGCUCCCUGAAAAGUGCACUGCUAACUUUGAACCAUGUGACACCAUGAACUAGAAAGCAGUAGAAGAGUGGAGUUUAGAUAGAUUUGAAGAAAAUAAGUGCUUGAAAAGGUUCAAGACCAAUUCCAAAUUAGCUCUAAUAAGAGGACACACAUGUUAUAAAAUUAUAUACUUAUUAUAUUAUUUGUCUUUAUUUUACUUACUUUAGAGUUUAUUCCAUAUUUUGUAGCUUGUUAGCUGUCUAAUUUCUGUCAUACUAAAAAUAAUAAAUUUGUCUACUUCUUCUCUAA